GUUUUGUUUCCCCCUCUUCCCCAGCCAGGCCGUGUGGAGCCGGUGGAAACAAUGAUGUUUAGAAGUUGUACCCUGCUUUUAUGCCUUCCUGUGGACUCCGGGUUUGAUUAGCCCGUAUGCUAGUAUGUCGACUGCUCUGUGUUAGCCUUUUGUACAUUGGACUUUAUGACGUCAGCAGCCUCGACUUUCAUUGAAAGGAAUUGGCUUGUUGAAAUACAGAGAUAUUGUGAGAUACUGUGAGAUAUAAUGAGGCAAUCUGUUAAGUCAAAGAAAUAAAUCUUCGUUCCUGUCAUUCAUAUUGACAACACGAUUUAGUUUCGUGGUUCGAGAUGGUUUUAAAAAUUUACUUCUACAGUAAAAAAAAAAAGCUACAUGUAUGAACUUAACCUUUGAUUUUUUUUUCGUUUAAUUUAGAUUUUUUAGAUUUAUAAGCUUUUAUUGUGAGUUUUUAUCUACAAUUUAUCUGCAUACAAUGCAUACAAAAAAAAUCUUGACCCAUGUUUUUGUACGUUUGUUCAUGACUGCUAUUUGUAAUGAUUUACUGCAUAAUGGUUAGUAAAUGUGUUACUAUUACAGUACGACAGAAUGGUUUCCUGAGCAGAUUGAAUUAUUUUACAGGAGUCCCGGAGUUUGUAUCGUAGAAUUUAUACAAUGAAUGAUGCAGUAGAAGUGGACUUCAGUAACUUAUAUAUAACAUAUAGAGAGAAGUAGAGAGAAGAAAGCUGAGUGACUGGUUGAUUCUUCAUGAUACUAUUACAAUUUAGGUUAAGAUUCCUCUAGUAUCUGUACGUCUUUGGCCAUCUGGGGUCCCAUUCAGGAGUUUAGGAGCAGUGAAGGGUUUCCGAAAUCGAGUUUUAUGUGUCUUUGAUGUGAAUUAGAACUGAAUCAUUCUUGAAAAAAAUCCUUAUAUUCAUUUAGAGGUUAUAAUAUUAUAUCGUUUUGACCAAAGUGUGUAUAAGUGUCCAUCUGUGAAUUUUGGGCAAUAAAAAAAAAUCCCACCUAUUGCACCGAUUAUUUUUUAUUUUUCAAAGUUUUCGGGUGAAAAUAGCGGCUGUGACCUUGAAUACAGUGUCGUGAAAAUCGAGAGCAUUUUCCCUUCGCAAAAUGAAACGUUUCUCUUGGCGUUUGGUGUCGAGUUAAAACGUAACUGCUUUUUACUCAGAAAUCCGAAGUCAGUUUACAUCCUAUGAGUUUAUUGAGAAUCCGUUCCGUUUGUUUUUAAUGCGUUUCAGCAGGGAUGCAUCGAUCUAUUUUCAUUUACUGCAUUUUUCAGAUCCCCAGAGAAACUUACAAUUAUCUUAUUAAUAAGCACUUGGUGUUUAAGGGCCUUGCUGAUAUCAUGGUGGUGCUGGGAUUUGAACUCACAACCUUCUGAUUAAAAGUUUAACAUCAUACUCACUUAGUUACCUCUUGAGAAAUAAUAAUAUGGUACUGCAGAUAGCUAAUAUUGCUCUGAUGCUGAGAUCCUCAACCAAAAAGUUUACAACAGCUCAUACUCAGAAUAUAUAAUGUGUGAGUUAUUCUCAAACGUGGUGAUGUAAUGCAAAGCUUUUUCUCUUGUCCUGAUCAUUUCGGCUUAAUAAGCAUGUCUUAUAUCUGUUAUAUGAGAUGCUUAGUUUUGUCAUUUCCGUUUUUUACAUGGCAGCUGAGCAAUUUAUUUGAAACGCGAACAUUUCCCUAAUUCUGGUUCAAUGUCAGAGCAAAUCAUAAAAAAGAUUUUAGGAUUUCCCUCGUGGUCCAUAGUGAUCUUAAGGGCUUGUAUAUGAGCACAACAGCUGCCGUUUCUACGUCCUCAACAGACAUAUUAAACGCUUUGACUCUGGAUAAAAGCCAGACUUCAGUCCGAGAUGCGUUUUUCAUAUCUUUGUGUUUACCAUUCAGGGGAUAUUCGUUCAACCGCUGAAUCAGUUAUCAGUUGUGAUUAAUCAAUAUAUAAAGGUCACAGAUGUAACACUAUGAUGACCAAAUAACAAAACAGACAUGAACCCCUCUGACUCUUCUCAUUACAAAUACAGUAUUUAAGAUAUGAAAGAAAAAAAAAUCUAAAUACAGAUUAUUAUUGACGCCUGAGUUUUGCUGUGACAAGUGAAAAUCCUGACAUAAUACAGUCAAAUUAGUAGUUGUUACGUGGAAACUCUCCAAAAAUAUGGUUAAAAUCGAAUCGUAAAUCUUUCGAUGUUUGUUUAUAAGAUUAAAUACCAACAUGGUGUUAUUUUUAUGAAAGGACUGCUCUCUGAUUUGAUGUACGAUGCACAGAAUGCCGUUAUUUUGUACAUUUGUUUCGCCAGAUAUUUCAGAUUGAACAUCAGAUCAAACGAUUUAAACAAUACAGAUGUGAUACACUGAAAAAAUACUUUGAGAAGAUUUCUGACUGAUAGAAAUUAGAUACACUACAAUUGCAAGAUCUUUACGUUCCAUUCGUCCCCUCUGUGUAAUCUCUCACACAGUUAAUGGUCAUUUUCUAUAGAUUAAGAACUUUCAAUAGGCCCAAUAUAACUCCGUUUAUCACCCCAUCCUUAUGAUAAAUCAUGGAUAAGGAGGAGAUAAGUUUCGUGCAAGAACUUGAGGAGAUUUGAAAAAAGGCUCCUCCCUUGUCUUACUGGAGAAUGCUGACAAAUCAGCAUUCUGAUGAGAAGGCCACUCUUGAGGAAUCCAUGCUAUAGACAUUGUCCUGUUCAAGCUUUAGCAGAAAUAGUUCAGCAGGAAUGAAGUUUUCUCUGACUCCAGAAUCCAAAUCUCUCCUGGACAUGGAUGUAGCUAAUUACUGUGAAGGUCUGGACCCCACCUAUAGCACUCUGGGCUUUGAGAAUGCUGAUACGCUGUACCAAGUGGAAAGCAUGCCAACAGAUCCCAGCAUCAGCAAUGGGGAUAAUGGCCUGAACUCCAACUGUGCCAUCUGCGGCGACAAGGCCACUGGCAAGCACUACGGCGCCUCCAGCUGUGACGGCUGCAAGGGCUUUUUCCGCAGGAGCAUCAGAAAGAACCAUGUCUACUCUUGCAGGUUCAGUCGCCAGUGUGUCAUCGACAAAGACAAGAGGAAUCAGUGCCGCUUCUGCAGGCUUCACAAAUGCUUCCGAGCUGGAAUGAAGAAAGAAGCUGUGCAGAAUGAACGGGAUCGUAUCAGCUCCAGGAGAAGCACUCCAGACUCGCAUGACCUUCCGCCUAUCACUGUGCUAGCGCAGGCAGAGUCCCUGUCACAACAGAUCAGCGUCGCCAGUCCGUCAGGCUCCGUUGAUAUCUUGGAGAAGAAAUCAGCCACCGUUGGGGACGUGUGCGAGUCUAUGAAGCAACAGCUGCUUGUUCUGGUAGAGUGGGCUAAAUACAUCCCGGCCUUCGGCGAAUUGCCUCUUGACGACCAGGUCAGUUUAUUACGUGCGCACGCAGGAGAACAUCUUCUGCUCGGAGUGGCCAAGCGCUCAAUGGCAUACAAAAACGUCCUGCUGCUCGGUAAUGGCUGUGUUAUUCACCGGAAUUGCCCCGAGGCAGAGAUCAGCCGAGUGGCUAACCGCAUCCUCGACGAAUUGGUCUUACCUUUCCAAGACAUACAGAUUGAUGACAAUGAAUAUGCAGCCCUGAAAGCCAUUGUCUUUUUUGAUCCUGAUGCCAAAAGCCUCAGAGAUCCUUCAAAGAUAAAAAGCAUGAGGUACCAGGUUCAGAUGAGUCUUGAAGACUACAUUAAUGACCGUCAGUAUGACUCCCGUGGACGCUUCGGAGAGCUGCUGCUGCUUCUCCCCACCCUGCAGAGCAUCACCUGGCAGAUGAUCGAGCAACUUCAGUUCAUCAAACUCUUUGGUCUGGUCAAAAUCGACAACCUGCUACAAGAGAUGCUGUUAGGAGGUCUGACCACAGAGCAGCCUUACUUACACCACCAUGGCCACCCCCAGCUCGCCCAGGAUCCAAUCACGGGCCAGACAUUAGUCAUCAGCUCCAUUUCUGCCCCUCUGCAUGCACAGCAAAUAGCUUCUCCAGACACCCCAAUCCCAUCGCCUCCUCAGGUUCAGACUCAGGAGAUCUAUAAGGCCUCGUCUAGUCCUACGCUCUUAAUGCAGACACAGUCCAUCUCCAACAGACCUUCUCCCGAGCCACCACUCUGAGGCACAGCAUUGCGUCCUUGCAUCGUUUAUAAUUUAAUUUUUUUCUUCAACGGAGCGUUAUCCCAGGGUGUGUUUGUAAAUUUGUAAAUAGCAUCAUAUGGUUAAAAAACGAGAUCAUUGUAUUAUUCAAAAUCAUUUAGACCAUUAGACUUGGGGAGGGGGCAGAUGGAAGACACACAACGGUGUCUAUAUUAUAAAAUAAUCAAUUGUAAUAUUUUAGUAUUUGUUUUAGCUCUAUUCAUCACAAAUGCUGUCUGAAAUCUUGAAAUGAUGUAAAUUUGGUUAUCAGCAACAAUAAAAAUAAAUAAAUAAGAAAAAUAGGGCAGUUAAAGGCAAUGUGUGCAAAUUAUUUAACAUUAUUUAUGUAACCAUCAUAAUUUAAAAAUGUUGCUAUAUUAAUGAUUCUGUUUUAAUAAACCAAACAAUAAACCAUUCUGA